AUGCCACGCUAUCCAACACCAACCAUCCUACCCAUCGCCAUCGACAACGGCGCACUCUACCUCCAAUCCAUCAUCCAAGAUCCCUCCUCAUCCUCCAACACCGCCUGUCGGGGCCUAGCUAUCAUCGCUCACCCGCUCGGCCGUCUCGGUGGCUCGCUCGACGAUCCUAUCGUCACUCAUCUCGCUUCCUUAUUCCUUACGCAUUUCCAGCUGCGUGUGGUACGAUUCAAUUCGAGAGGAGUAGGCAAAUCCGGCGGCUCACCGAGUUGGACUGGUAGAUCGGAAUGCAGCGAUUUUCAAGAACUGCUGUUGAAAUGUGUGGAUAACUUCUGUCUUGACUUCCCCGACAGUACCGCUGCACAGUUGGUCGUAGCUGGGUACUCGGCAGGAAGCUUAUACGCAACAACGGUAAGGGUGCCGAAGGGGGUGUAUGAGACAAGACAGUUCAGAGGAGGGAAGAAGCCAAGGUAUGUGCUGGUGAGCUUUCCAACGGGUGUUACUUGGGCGUUGAGUUUCUUCACUACAAAAACAUAUAAUGAUGCGCUGAAGGUGCUGUUAGGCAGUCAGACGUUGCCAGGAGGGAAUGCGACGGAAGUUGAGGUGGAAGGUCAGGCAAGAGCUGCGGCAGCUGCAGCAGCAAGAGCGGUCGAGUCAACGCCUGCCAAUGAUGCGGAUGCGCAGCCAGUAGCAGGUCAUGUGCUGGCUGUGUAUGGCGAUGCUGAUCAGUUCACGGGGAUCAAGACGUAUCAUACUUGGACAAAGGAGUGUAGCUCUCUGGCUCCAUCACCGAACGAGGUUGCGGAGAGGGAGAAUGGGUCGACAUUUCAUCACGUGCUGAUUGAGGGAGCAGACCACUUCUACCGCUCAAACGAGGCGGUUGAUGGGCUGGAUAAGGCUGUUGUUGAGUGGUACGAGGCUCUCGCAGACUGA